GGCCUUCGCGCGUGAUGUGCCCAGAAGGUACGGCGACGUGAUAUCACCGGGCAGAACAAACGAGGCCUCCGGUGUCCUCUUGUAGCCGCGGCGUUCUCGUUCAGCUCGCCCCAGAGCAAAAAGCCGAGCUCCUCUCUCCUCCUCUCGGUCUCUUCCCAUUCGCACGCUACAGGAGCUCUCCCCUCCCUCAUUCGCACAACUCCAGUGAGUCGGACGCCUUCUUCCUCUCGUUUCUCUCCGUUCGCAGGUCCAGGAGGCGGAAAACCCCCUCCCUGUCCCGUCCGGCUUUUGUCUCUCUCACGCACGACCUAGAGGAGGCGACCUCCUCCUCUCGACGAGCAGCAGUCGCACGCCAGCCCGAGCCCUGCCCUAACCGUCGGCCCCUCUCCGUUUGCAAGAGCUGGGAUAUGGGAACACUGAAUUAUUUAUGGCUGCUUACAAGGAAGUCUGUGACUGGUGCACUAUUUGGCAUCACUGUAUCAGAUAGGUAUCUGACUGUUUCUCCUGUACGAGGUAACUCGAUGCAUCCUACAUUUGCCUCAAGCUCCACCACAUUCCCUGGGUAUUUAAAAGGUGAUCUUGUACUAAUUGAAAGAUUCUGCCUUCACGACUUUAAAUUUUCCCAUGGAGAUGUUGUGAUUUUCCAGUCUCCAAGUAAUCACAAGCAAAUAUAUGUCAAACGUUUGAUAGCUUUGCCUGGUGAAUGGAUUCGUGUUUCCUCUGAUAUGUUGAAAAUCCCUGAUGGGCAUUGUUGGGUUGAGGGUGACAAUUCAUCUUCGAGUUUAGAUUCAAGAUAUUUUGGCCCUAUCCCUUUGGGUCUAAUUAGAGGGAGAGUGACCCAUGUUAUCUGGCCUCCCCAAAGAGUAGGCAAAGUAGAGAGAAAGAUGAAGCCAGAGAGAAUUUAUCAGGACUGAAAUGUUUCAUGGAAGGUUCAUACAACCUUUAUUCAUGAAUAAUUCUUAUAUUAUCUGUAUCUUUUUCUGUUGGGAUUCAUUUACCUGGUGCAUUAACUGAUACAACUGAGGAUCUGGUGUUAUUCUGUUAUGUCAUUCACCUAAUACUUCAUUGAAAAUGUUAAAAUCUCUGUUACUUUUUUGUUUUUAGAUGCUCAAGUAUUCUAACAUUGAAGUCUUUGAAUGAUUCUUUUUUUUCUUUUAAUUUGCAUUAUGCCA